AAGGGGGACGAGCGUGUUGGACUGACUGCAGGUUUGUGCUUUUUGCAGUAUUUUCUUAUGUUCCUUGUUUUGUUGGGGCUUAUACAGUUGUAUUUUACAAGCACUGUAAAAGUCGCAGCAGCUGUUUGGUCUUUGCUUGUUUAGUUCCGCCUAUCAACACCCCCUUGUCCCUGUAAAUAUCGACUACCACAGCUCGCAGGGGCCGGUUUUCUGCUUCCGUCUCCCCGCUGCCAUCGCCUGUUCCUUGGACCGUGGUGCCAGACCAUUCUCUCCUAUUCUCAGAAGACCAUGGAGACAGAAAUUGAACAACAAGAAGAUAGCUCUUUCAGCAACACAGAGACAAACGGUAAGCGCCCUGCUGAGGAUGCAGAUGAGCAGAAAUCAUUCAAGCGCUCCAGGAACUCGGAUGAGAUGGUUGAGCUUCGCAUUCUCCUGCAGAGCAAAAAUGCAGGAGCUGUAAUUGGGAAGGGUGGCAAAAACAUCAAAGCCCUUCGUACAGACUACAAUGCCAGUGUGUCAGUCCCAGACAGCAGUGGGCCUGAGCGCAUUUUAAGUAUCAGUGCAGACAUCGAGACCAUUGGAGAAAUCCUGCUGAAGAUCAUCCCAACUUUGGAAGAGUACCAACAGUAUAAUGGCAUAGAUUUUGAUUGUGAGCUGCGUCUGCUGAUCCACCAGAGCCUGGCUGGCUCGAUCAUUGGGGUGAAGGGAGCCAAGAUUAAGGAGCUCCGAGAGAACACAAAGACCAGCAUCAAGCUGUUUCAGGAGUGUUGUCCUCAGUCGACAGACCGAGUAGUGCUGGUUGGUGGAAAAACUGAGAGGGUGGUUGAGUGUAUCAAGACUAUGCUGGACCUCAUUGCUGAGGCCCCAAUAAAAGGACGUGCACAGCCCUAUGACCCCAAUUUCUAUGACGAAACCUAUGAAUAUGGGGGCUUCACCAUGAUGUUUGAAGAACGGGGAGGUGGCCGCAGGCUUAUGGGAGGUUUCCCCAUGCGUGGGAGUAGGUCCAGUGGAGACCGUGGGUUUGAACGGAUGUCCUCUAGCAGAGGUGGGCGGGGACCCAUGCCACGUCGGGAUUAUGAUGAGAUGAGCCCUCGCCGUGGUCCUCCUCCACCACACCCUAGCAGGGUUGGAAGGGGGAGUGGCCGUGGACGCAACAUGCCAAUGGGACACCCUCACAGAGGAGGAGAUGAUCGUUACUAUGACUCUUACCGUGGCUCAGAUGAAAGGUCAAAUGACAGAAGAGGCCGACCAGAUCGCUACAGUGAUAACAUGAGUGGAGGCGGAUAUGACAACAGUUCUUCCUGGGAUAGCUACCAGUCUGGUGGACGUGGCUCCUAUAAUGACAUGGGUGGCCCUGUCAUCACCACACAAGUGACGAUCCCUAAAGAUCUUGCUGGCUCUAUCAUUGGUAAGGGAGGCCAGCGAAUCAAACAGAUCCGCCAUGAGUCUGGAGCCUCCAUCAAGAUCGACGAGCCUCUGGAAGGUUCUGAGGAUCGCAUCAUCACUAUUACGGGCACCCAGGAUCAGAUUCAGAAUGCCCAGUACCUCCUACAGAAUAGCGUGAAGCAGUACUCUGGUCAUUUGCUGUAGACCCAGGAGACUCAGACUGAAGCAGACUCAGAUUACGCCCCCACCUACCCCUUUCUGCCCCCUGUCCAACACAGCCCCUUCAGACUAUUAUUCUGGAUUGUGGUUGUCUUUUUUGAAUUUUAUUUUUGUAUUUUUUAAUGAAAUGUCCAACAUUCCUGUGCAUAAAACAAAAUGUAGAUGUUCUGCAUUUUAAAGAGUGUAGUCCAUUAGUUUAUCUGAUACGCAUCUUUUUUUCUAACAAUCACACCUAAUGAAAUAUUCUUCAGUCUCCUGACAGACAAAAAAUAAACAUAACCUUUAUUUUUGAUGGUUUUGUUUUUUAUGACUUGUAUGUGUAUGUUUGUAUCACCGAUUUAACUUCUGGCUGUGUGUGUGUGGGUGCAUGUUGGUGUGUUUUAUUGUCUAUACUGGUCCCUUUACACACAGUUGUACUCCAUUGCCACUCCGUACAACAUGCAGAAUGUAAACUGCUUUUCUUUUUAUAUACAUCCAUUUUUUAAGAGAUGUAAGAAAUUUUACCCUUCAUAUGAAUUUGGCAUGUUUAAUUUGGGACUCUAUUACACACCACAUACAGUCUGGUUCAUUUGUCAGAAUAUUCAUGUAAUAAUCAUAGUUGUGUAAUGAAACUGAUUCAAUCCUCAAAAAUGAAACAGUAGUUAGAAAUUUAUGACAUUUCAUUAGUUUAACAAUAAUGUUGAACUUAUCUAUUUUGUCCUUGCAAUCUGUUGUGCUCUACACUUGUUUGCUCUCCAUGCUGUAGACUUCACAUUGUCAAAUUGUGAAACUAAUAAACAUGAAGCCACUUUUUACUGAA